UUGGUGUAAUGAUUCGGUUGAGGGAAGGUGGAUAGUAGAUAGAAAAAUUCCCCCCCCCCCUCCGCUCUCUCUCUCUACAAAUUUCUCUCUCUGUUAGUUAGUACACGGCAGUUGCGUUUUGAAAAGAGGCUAAUUUGCGCAGGCAGGCUCUAGAGUCUAGAGAGAGAAAGUUAGAGAGAUGCAUGCAGGAAAACAUAUAUGAGAGGCGGAAAAGAGCGUGGGAUUGCGAAAAAGUUGGGUACUCAGAUCCCAAUACAAAGCACAGAAAAGGAAACGGAAGCCUCACCUUUAACGAGAAAACCGCCUGCUUUAUGCCCACUCUACAGUAAAUGAGGCGCUGCCCCUCCUGCUCCCUCUCUCUCUGCCACCACUCAGUGGUCCCCUUGAUUCCAUACUCAAAACCCCUGCCAUCCUCCUUUUCUCUCUUCAUCUUCAUCUUCCAUCUCCCGUUUCUAGAGAUGGGAGCGAUUGAUUUCUAGAGAGAGAGGGGGAAAACCUGAGGGAAGAGAGAGAUGGUGGGUGAGGGGGUUGCAGAGGAGGAGGAGAGAGAGAGGGUGAAGGCGGAGAUUGCAGGGCAUCCGCUUUAUGAGCAGCUAUUGGCCGCCCAUGUUGGGUGCCUGAGAGUGGCAACCCCCAUUGAUCAGCUCCCUCUCAUAGAUGCACAGCUCGCUCGCUCUCAUAACCUCCUCAGAGCUUACUCCGCCAUCCGCCUUCGAAACCCAAAUCCCAUCCUUCAUCCCCACGACCGUCAGCAUCUCGACCAAUUUCUGGCUCAGUACGUGCUGGUACUGAGUUCCUUCAAGGAGCAGCUCCAGCAGCAUGUACGCAUCCACGCCGUCGAAGCCGUCACCGCCUGUCGAGAGAUCGAGCAGUCCCUCCACGCUCUUACUGGGGCAACACUGGGUGAAGGAACAGGAGCAACAAUGUCAGAUGACGAAGAUGAUCUACAAAUGGAUUUCGCGAUGGAUGCUGGUGCCGAAGCACAAGACAUGAUGCGGUUUGGGCCACUUCUACCAACAGAGUCAGAACGAUCUUUGAUGGAGAGAGUCAGGCAAGAACUUAAGAUAGAACUCAAACAGGGGUUUAGGUCAAGAAUUGAAGACGUCAGAGAGGAAAUUCUGCGAAAGCGAAGGGCAGGGAAACUGCCAGGAGAUACAACAUCAGUGUUGAAGCAAUGGUGGCAGCAACAUUCAAAAUGGCCAUAUCCUACAGAAGACGACAAGACGAGAUUGGUGGACGAGACAGGGCUACAGCUGAAGCAGAUAAACAACUGGUUCAUAAACCAGAGGAAGCGCAACUGGCACAGCAACUCCCAAUCUGUGACUUGUUUGAAAUCCAAGCGUAAAAGGUAGUAGUAAAAGGAGCUGGGAUACAUACACCAAGAAACAAGUGACAAAUUUGUCCAUCCACUGCUCUCAAACAGAACCAACCAGAUGUAAUAUAAUCAGAAUCCCAUACAGAGGGCGCAACCAUUAUAUCGCAAAAGUCUUACUUCCAAUGUUUCAUGUAAUGUUUGUUGAUUGUCUUUCUAAUAUGAUGUUUCCCUUUGAAUAAUUUUUUUUUUUUUCCUUUUGUCAACUUUGUCCUUUUUCUUUAUUCAUUAAAAUAUGUGAUCCGCCUCGAA